AUGGAUGAGACUGAUGCUUAUUAUACUGCAUUAAUUCUGGAUCCGAGGAUAAAGGGAGAUCUUCUGCUUCGUGAGCUAUCUGGUGAUGGGGCUGGACAAAUGAUUGUUGAUUCAAUUCGUGAGAAUAUGCAUCAGAAGUAUCAUCAUGAGUCAGUUAAUGAAGACUUUAUAGUCUCUGUUGAUCCUAUAUUGGAUAUCCAUGAUGAUCCUGAGGUCAGAAUGCUAGGGCGAUUAGCACCUAUUGCCAGAAAGGCAGCUGGAUCUGAUAUCGAUGAGUAUUUUACAACACCGCGAGUUGAUAUUAAACCAUCUGGGGAUCGAGAGUGGUUAGCUAAAUGGUGGCGGGAUCGUCGUGAUAGUAUGCCUCAGAUGGCUGCAGCUGCACGGGAUUAUCUUGCAAUUUCUGCAUCUGAGGUAUCUGUUGAACGUCUAUUUAGUGCUGGUCGUGAUCUUAUAAAGGUUCGACGAACGUCGUUGCGUGCGGAUACGAUGCGAAUAUUAAUGUUGAUGGACGAUGUUAUGUAG